UUUUAUCUUUUGUAUUAUCUUUCUAUCCAAAUUUCCUUCCUCAAACAUGCACCACAAAUGAGUAGAGAACUCUCAAAAAAAAGAAAAAAUGCAACCAUACCCACCAAUUGAGUUCUAACCUCCAAAUAGCUUCUAAGUUGAAGGGAAAAGGGUCUCAGGAAAAGUUUUCAACCAGCAGAAGAAUUUCUGGUGUUUCAAAUUUGGAGGACUAUACAUGGCUUUCUCCUUUUCUUCUUGUGCAAUCACAAAGCCAUUUUUUGGGGUCCAAGAGAGAAGCUUGAAUUGUGAAGUUCUGAAGAAAAAUGGUGUUUCUGCUUUGAUAAAGUGUUCAUCAAAAGAGUCUUCAGAGUUGCCAGAAAAAGGGUCCAAGUUGGAAAUAGGUUCUCCCAUUAUUUUCAUUGAAGCUCCCAAGAUGAUUAAAACUGCAGCUACCAUGCCCUGUCUCAGGGUUAACACUGGUCAAGUUAAAGCCGGUGAUGUUGGAAGGAUUGUUUCAAGAAAACCCAAAGAUGUUUGGGCUGUGAGGCUCAGAAUUGGAACUUAUCUCAUAGAUGGGAAAUAUUUCAGGCCCUUGGAUCUGGCUGAGUCAAACUGAACAGAACUGAUAAAAUAGAUAUUGGAGACAAUAUUUUGUAUAUUUUUGCUGCAUUGUGUAAAUUAGUUGAGUAAACUAUAUGAAAUUAAGGUAAUUUAUCUUUAAAAUAAAUA